UUGAUCACUACUAUUUCCCAUCAUCAUAUAUUUGCUUAGAUGUCUCUUAAUAAUACACCUCAAUCUAAUAGCUCUGAUAUCUCAUGCAACCAAACAACACACAAUUACAAACUUUCAUGGAAACCCGUCGUAAAAAGAGCACAUCCGGCGAUGGGUUUUCUUUCCCGAGCACUCCGGUCCCCGAAAGUCACCCCCACAACCGUCUUGGCUCGUCGGAUGACUUCGAGUUCGGAAGCAUUACCCCAGACUCACCAUUCAGCGAUGACCCCUGCGAAAAUUCUCCGGCCGACCAUCUCUUCUUCAACGGUCGGCUACUUCCACACGCUUUUCCAUUCCGGCCGAACAGUGGUGCUAAUUACGGCGUCGUUUCGGAGAACCCUCGUGCGAUGUCUACGAGUCGAACAAGCAGCAGUAGCAGCAAAGACUCGCUCCUGUCGUCCCGUAGCAACAGCACCAACAGCAGGAGUAGCAGUUGCAGCAGUAGCGCCAGGACGAGCUCAAGCGACAACUCAGAGAGAAGACUGUUGUACCGUCAGAGAAGCAAAACGACGUCGGCUAUGGGGAUAGAUCCAGGACACGGUGGUAGUAAAGCGGUAUCGGCUCAAGUGUACGGCUAUUCUCAAAGGUGGCAAUUCAUGGCACCAGUUCCUGCUUUAAGCCGAGAGGCGUCACUGCGGCGGAGGAAAGAGGUUUCGGGGAGUCACAAUAAGAAUCAUAAUGAGGACCGGGGAUCACUACCCAAGUUGAAAGAUCGGACCGCUGUCGUAAGGCGGCCGCGGUUCGGCCGAAGGUUUUUCCGGUGGUUUUUGACUGCCUGUAAAGAGUGUCAUGCUAUAGAACCCUCCAAAAAGAAAAAAGUUCGAAAUGUCAAAUUAAAAUGAUUUCUCUUUACAUCUUUGUUACUUUUACUUUUUGACCUUUUUUUUUUUUUAAUUCCUUCGUACUUUUGAUUUUUAUAUAUCAUUUUAUUUUGAUUAGAGCGUGACAUUUUUGGAUAUAGCAAUAUUGGGGUGUGUGUGAGUUGUGACAACUGGUUCACUUUCACAGUUCA